AUGAACACCAUGGCUGGGGCUGUGCGUGAAACGGCAACUGCGACAAUGCAAGCAAUUGACCGUUUAGAAGAGAGGAAUGGAGAUCGUAACGGAGGAUGCAAUGGUGAGCGUGGUGGAGACGAUAAUGAUAAUGAAGGCAUUGGAAACCACGAUAACCCUAUGACACUGGCAACAUUUCUAAAGGUGAAUUCGCCUAAGUUUAAAGGGACGCUUGUUGCAACUGAAGCUGACAAUUGGUUCCGCGGUAUUGAGAAGUCAUUGCGAGCGCAACAUGUACCAGAAAGACAACACGUGGAGUUUGCAACCUAUAUGCUGGAGGGAGAAGCUGAACAUUGGUGGCAUGGAGUGCAACGCUUGUUGAGGCAGGAGGUGGAAGAGAUUGACUGGGAUACUUUUAAGGAAAAAUUUUACAAAAAGUAUUUUUCUAAAUCUGUUCGUGAUGCAAAAGAAAUGGAACUAAUGCAGUUGAAACAGGGGAAUAUGUCAGUGGCAGAGUAUACUCAGAAAUUUAAGGAUUUGUUUCAAUUUUCUAAGAUCUGUCAGGAAAACCCAUAUGAUUUUGAAGAGUGGAAGUGUUUGAAGUACGAAGGAGGACUUCGCGAUGAACUGAUGCAUUCAUUAGUUCCGCUGGAGAUACGAAAUUUCGCAGAACUUGUCAAUAAGAGUCAGCUGAUGGAAGACUGUGAGAAAAAGAUGGCAGCAACAAGAAUGAAUCAUCAGGAUUUACCUCUGAGAAGUUCUAACAGUUCUAGUCGGUAUGCGGCUUGGCGGAGAGUGAAUUUUAAGGCACCUGAAGUACCCCUGCGUAGGGAUAAGCAAGUUAGGAACAAUCUUGCACGCUCUACUGUUGAUAAUAGAGAUGAACCAAGGCAGAAUACUGGCAAGCGACCUCUACAGACCCAAAUACAUACGGUGUAUAGUCAGUGUGGGAAGGACCAUGAAAACUGA